AUGAAGCUCAUCAUCCUGGACUACUCUUCUCAGGCCAAUGAGUGGGCAGCCAAAUACCUCAGGAACCACAUCAUCCAGUUUAACCCAGGGCCAGACAAGUACUUCACCUUGGGGCUUCUCACUGGGAGCACCCCACUUGACCACCCGGAGAGCUACCACUCCUUCAUGUGGAACAAAUUCUUCAAGCACAUUGACAUCCACCCAGAAAACACCCACAUUCUGGAUGGGAAUGCAGCUGACCUGCAGGCUGAGUGUGAUGCCUUUGAAGAGAAGAUCAAGGCUGCAGGUGGGAUUGAGCUGUUUGUUGGAGGCAUCGGCCCUGAUGGACACAUUGCCUUCAACGAGCCGGAAUCCAGUCUGGUAUCCAGGACGUGUGUGAAGAUGCUAGCCAUGGACACCAUCCUGGCUAACACUAGGUUCUUCAAUGGAGAUCUCGCUAAGGUGCCCACCAUGGCCCUGACGGUGGGUGUAGGCACUGUCAUGGAUGCUAGAAAGGUGAUGAUCCUCAUCACAGGCGCUCACAAGGUCUUUGCUCUGUACAAGGCCAUCGAGGAGGGGGUGAACCACAUGUGGACAAUGUCUGCCUUCCAGAAGCAUCCCCGCACAGUGUUUGUGUGUGACGAGGAUGCCACCCUGGAGCUGAAAGUGAAGACUGUCAAGUAUUUCAAAGGUUUAAUGCUUGUUCAUAACAAGUUGGUGGACCCCUUGUACAGUAUCAAAGAGAAAGAAACAGAGAAAAGCCAGUCUUCUAAGAAACCAUACAGUGAUUAGCCUGUGCUAACCCUCGUGUCAAGUACCUCAUUGGGA